AUGCCGGACAUCCAACUCGUUACUUCAAUAUUCCAGGCCGUUUUUGCCGCAGCGCUAGGGCUGUGUGUCCUGGCGUCCCAAUUUGAGCCAGCUGAAAGAUGCUGGCGAAAUUUGAAAACAAUCGCCUAUCUCUUAUUUGUCAAUCUUAUUAUCAGCAUUCUCAACUUGGUCGUUGAAUUCUUCUAUGCUGGCGGAAUGCCUCCAGCCCUGAGGCUCUUCGCGAAUGUCACAUAUACACUCUCACUAGCGGCAGAGACGAGUCAUGUUUGGCCUGUUACAGAUAGAGAGAGGAAGACUCUAAGACUGGGGCAAAGGACCUAUCUACUGUCCUGGGUAUUCAUGGCCCUCUUUGACGUACUUGGUGUCAUAGACCUUUCACAAGCCCAUCACUCUCAGACUUUCGCGUUUAAGCUAUCGACAAUAUGUUUACGACUUUCCCACGUUAUCUUGCUCUUCCCGGUAUAUAUGUAUCCUGAUCGUGGCCGUUAUUUCGAUAUCGGUAAUAGCGCGGGUACCGACGAUGUCGACCAGAACAGAGACCUGGAACAGCAAGAGCCGGAACUGGCUAUAGUGAACCAAAGCAUCGAAGACGCCAUCGAUGAGGCCGGAGGGUAUUGGCCGUGGAUGAAAAAGUUCUGGGUUUUCAGCAGCUGGGUUUGGCCGAGGGAUAUGCCAUGGAGGUGGAAAAAGUUCUGCGCCUUGUCAGCUAUUCCACUGAGGCUUUGUGAGGUGGUAUGCAAUCUUACCGCACCCCUCCUCUUCGCCUACUUUUUCAGCACUCUGCUAGAGCAGCUCCAUGUCUAUAAGGCUAUUCUAAUAUGGGUGUCCUAUGAACUGUUAUCUUGGUUUGGCGGAUGGAAUGGCCUUCGUUGUCUGCGAAUGCUCUUCUGGAAACGUUUUGAACUUGAGCGAAACGCGGAUGUGAAGGUUAAGGCCUUCAAAGGAUUAAUGCGACAAGAGGCAGCCUUCCAUUCUGCCAACAAUCCUAUCAUCAUGAACACCGCAGCCACGAUGGGCACCAGUGUUUGCGAAUGUUUUGAUUUCGUGUUCUAUGAAUCGCCCGCGCAGAUCUUGGAACUGGCCAUGGCCAGCGCCAUUAUAUGGUGGAAGCUUGGCCCCCAAAUAUGGCUCCUGCAAACCUUCUCAAUAGCCAUCGGAGUCAUCGUUACCCUUCGUGGGAAGCGGGGCGCAGUGCCCAUAUUCGACCUGCAUGCCGCCUGCAUCAUAAAAGCAAGACAAAUAGGACAGACUGCUUUGCAAUUCUGGCACAGCAUUUACUCUCACGGACAAAUUGGCCAUGAAGUCGAGACGUACACAGAAGCCACGCAUGCCGAGAGCACGUCACUGUUUAGCAGCUAUAGUUAUGCCGCGUACUGGAACAUGGGUCUAGGUCUACUGAGUACUAUUACCGGAAGCGGUAACAUGAUUUUCCUCCUUAUCAGCAGCAGCAGCUUGGAGGAAGCAUUACCGCGAGCUAUUUUAUUCCACUUAUAUUCGAAGCACUUGGAGAAUCCGAUCCAGUUCUUUUCCAAUGGCUUCCAGAAUGUAUUCGAUAAGUUCGUGGCAGCAGACCGACUUCGCCGCAUGCUUGAGAUCGUACCCAAACUUCAAGACGGGACAAGCGGACUGACUGGGGCUGGUAUAAGAUUUAGAAAUGUUUCCUUUAGCUAUAUACCAGAUAGGUAUGUGCUGAGGGACCUGAAUCUAACAUUCCAGCCAGGGAAGACCACAGCGCUUGUCGGCCGGUCUGGUGCCGGGAAAACAACUAUUUUUAACCUACUAUUACGGCAAUAUGACCCUGUGAGUGGAAAUAUUGAGCGAAAUGGCCAAGACCUCAAAGACGUGGAAAUGGAAAAACUUUUAGAGCACACUGCUGUCCUGGAGCAGAGUCCCCACAUAUUUGAGAAGAGCGUCUACGGUAACAUCCGGCUCAACUGUCAGGGAAUCUCUGAAGAAGAAGCCCAAGAGGCUUGUAAGAAAGCAGGAAUUCAUGAGGACAUCAUGAAACUACCACAACAAUACAGCACCAUGUUAGGCCAGGGAGGAUAUCCACUGUCCGGAGGACAGAAGCAACGACUAGCACUUUCGCGUGUGUUCGCACACCAGGGCGAUCUAAUUUUAUUGGAUGAGCCUACAAGCUCUCAAGACGUCGAGUUGGAAGGGAUCAUCAAGGAGGCUGUCAAAGAGCUCGACAAGUCCAAAACGGUUGUCAUCAACACGCACCGUCUCUCUACAAUAAAGAACGCCGAUCAUAUUGUCGUUUUCAGACUUUCAGAAGAAGGUUAUGGCGAAGUUGCCGAAGAGGGUACUCAUGAUGAACUGCUGAAACUUGAAGGCGUCUACUUCAGAAUGUUGAACAAGUCCACCUAA